AAGUAGGUACGUGGCCGCUUCAGCUGACAGUUUCUCCAUGAUGGCGACGGAGGUUCAGAGCGGCGACCUCGACAGUGCUGCUUUCAGCCGGCUCGAAGUCUCCCUCGACGGCCUUACCCUCAGUCCCGAUUCGGAGGGCGAGCAGGGCCAGCCCGAGGAUCUUCAGCCCAAAGGUUUGGAGGAACCCGACAGCGAAACACCGGUUGCCACUGAGGGCGAAGAUGGAGAGACUGCCAAAUCUGCCAUAGAGGGGAAAUGGGGUUUUCCCCUACAUGAGCUAUACGGAAUGGCGCUUAAAUUCUUUAAAGAUAAGGAUGGGAAGGCCUUCCACCCCACCUACGAGGAGAAGCUCCGCCUGGUGGCCCUGCACAAGCAGGUGCUGCUGGGCCCUUAUAAUCCCGAUGCCUCCCCUGAGGUCGGCUUCUUUGAUGUCCUAGGCAAUGACCGCAGGAAAGAGUGGGCCUCACUGGGCAACAUGGAGAAGGAGGAGGCCAUGGUGGAGUUUGUGCGUCUGCUCAACAAAUGCUGCAACCUUUUCGCGCCCUAUGUCACCUCACACAAGAUAGAGAAGGAGGAGCAAGAGAGGAAGAGGAAAGAGGAGGAAGAGCGUCAGAGGCAGGAGGAGGAGGAGAGGGAGCGACAGAGGCAGGAGGAGGAGAGACGGAGGCUCGAGGAGGAGGAAAGGUUGAGGCGGGAGGAAGAGGAAAGGCGGCAGGCCGAAGAAGAGAGGCUACGGAUUGAGCAGCAAAAGCAGCAGAUAAUGGCAGCCUUGAACGCCCAGACCGCAGUGCAGUUCCAGCAGUACGCCGCUCAGCAGUACCCAAACAGCCCUGAGCAGCAGAUCGGCCUCAUCCGUCAGCUCCAGGAGCAGCACUACCAGCAGUACAUGCAGCAGCUCUACCAGGUCCAACUGGCCCAGCAACAGGCGGCCUUACAGAAGCAGCAACAGGCUGAUUUGAUGGUACACGCCCACCAGGAUGCAGGUGCCUUCUGCACCGGUGAUCCAACCGUGGCCUCGGCAGCGGGACCGAUGUGUGCAGCUUCACUAUCCUCAAGUGAAGACACCCCCACUGUCAAUGGCGGCCACAUGGACUCCUACAUGGAAAACACAGACCGAGAGCUGGAACCGGAGGCAGCAGAAGAGGUCUCUGAGAAUGGGCCGUUAUUAGCAGCAGACUCUCCGCCAGUCAUCGCUGCGCCCUCCAUGUGGACACGCCCGCAAAUCAAAGACUUUAAAGAGAAGAUCCGCCAGGACGCCGACAGCGUGAUCACGGUGGGCCGUGGCGAGGUGGUGACUGUUCGUGUGCCCACACACGAGGAAGGUUCCUACCUGUUCUGGGAGUUCGCCACAGACUAUUACGACAUUGGCUUUGGGGUCUUCUUUGAGUGGACUGAUGCCGCGUCGGCCUCGGUCAGCGUGCACGUGUCGGAGUCGAGUGAUGAGGAAGAGGAUGAAGAAGGCGAGCCUCAGAGCGAAGAGGAGAAGGCAAAAAAGGGGGCGGGGAAGCCUCAAGUGGACGAGAUUGUGCCGGUGUACCGGCGGGACUGUCACGAGGAGGUGUAUGCCGGCAGCCAUCAGUACCCCGGUCGCGGGGUGUACCUGCUCAAGUUUGACAACUCCUACUCACUGUGGCGCUCCAAGAGUGUUUACUACAGAGUCUACUACACCAGAUAAGCCUGAACCCAGGAGUGUGUAUGUCAGUAUAUAUGUCUGUGUGCGUAUGUGUUUGUAUGAAGGCAGCAGGUGUGUGUGUUUAUGGCAGUAGACACUAAGAAGAGCGAUUCUGAAAGCCACCACCAGAGGGUGACAAAUCACACCUGGAGCCCUGUUUUUUUCUUUUUGGUGAGGGGACCAAUGUAUGGGAUUAUUUUUCCCAAGAUGGAAGAAGAGUUUCUAUCCGCAUCAUAUAUCCACUACAUGUCCUUGUCAGUCAUGUUUUAUUUGCUCACUUUUUAGCCUGGAAUCCUUCCCUGUUGCUCGGUGAAGCUCCUCCUCCCUGGAAGAUGUUCCCGUAGCCACAAACACAGUGAUGCCCGCACUCUGAGCCAGAGUCUCCUUUUUUGCUGUUAAUCAAAGGACAUGGAUAUUUAAGCAUACUGCAGUGUAAAGUGUAACAACCACCACAGUUGCCAGGCAACAACUUGGCACAAUUAAUGAAGGAAUACCAUCCUGCAAUUUUGGGUCUUUUCCCAAUGACAUCAUGUAUGAUUAGUUGUGUUGUUGGCUCAUGAAUCUCACUGUACAAGUAUACAAACACGUGAAUGAAUUCCAACAACAAAAAUCACAUCUAAACACGUAUUUGCUCAAAAUAUAUAACACCAUUUAUCCUAAUUUAAUUGAAUGCAGCUCCCACAUUAUGUUCAUUUUAUUGUGUCCAUCUGCAAAGUUCCUCUGUCUUCUGUGUGAUUACUCUCGUUGUUUCUCACCAAAUGGAGUUGACUCCUUUUUUUGUAUGUAAAUAAUUCUAUAAAUAACUUUAUGUAUGGGUGGGUUGGCGUGUUUUAGACUCGGACGAAAAGGUUGAUGCACUGUUAAAGUAUACGGUAAAUUAAAUACACAUUAUACAUUUUACCCCACAAAUGAACGUCUGCGAGGAAAAACUCUAAAAUGAGGUAUAUAAAAUCUGUUGGGAGGCAUUUUUUUGUAUUGUUUUGACUUGUUUGGGAGUUCUAGAAGAUCUUUUUGGGCAUAUAUUUAAUCUUGAUUAAACUUAUGUUCAUCUAUU